UCUCCACGUGACAGCCACGCUCUCCGCCGUGGAGGCGCGCCUGUGCCGGCUCACAGACGGGCAGUCGCGGCCAGUAGCCCGUGCCGAUCUGCGCUGCGCUACACGUGCUGCUGCACCCCGAGAUGUUCGCCAAGAAGGAAACCGUGCACACCAGCUACAACAUCAAAAUACGUGAAAUGAACACAUGCGGAUCAUCUGCCCGGCUGCAGGCAGCUUGUCAGGUCUUGAAGUCGCUCAUCGACCGACGGCCUUCUUCAAUGCUGAAACACACUUGGCUAGUCCGUGACGCACUUAGCGACGAAGAGUCGGUAGCGAUCGACGCGACGAUUGAGGACGCUUCGCUACGCGGUUUCAUCACGAGGACGGUGAAUACACACAUUGGCAUGGUGCAGUCGGCGCGCGUCAUGGCAUUAUACUCCCCCAGUGGUGGAAAUGUGAAACAAGCAUGGAUAUUCUCCGCUCCUGACUCGCAGACUACAACAGCAUUCCUCCGCGUGGCGCUGCAGUGGUGCGACGAGCAGUCGGAGGGCACGGUGGACUACCUGGGCGUGUGGUCGGAGCAAGUGGCCUUCUGUGCCGACCCGCUCUUCGUCGCCUGGCUCGCUUACAGACCUACUAACAAAUCGCCCGCAACAGUAUCAGAAACAGCGCCGUUGUCAAGAGCCUCAUCAUCGUCACAGUCUUAUUUUCGACGCCGCAUGACGCCACCAUCGUCGAGCGGGCGCGGGGCCAGUCGCACGGGAUCUGGGUCGGAGCUUGUGCACGCGGUGCGGUUGCGAAGCCUCGGCUCGAGCAGCGAGCACGGCGAGUCACGCCGGCCCUUACCUCCGCCGCCGGUUAAAACCACGGUGACAUUCCUGCACCCCGACCGGCUAAUAAAGCUGCACGAGCGACUGCAGCAGCUGCUGGUGAGCGUGGAGGUGGGCACGGUGGUGGUGUACUUCACCACGGGCACGGCGUCGGCGGAGGGCUGCGCCGUCAUGCGCGACGCCGUGGAGCGGUUCGCCACCAGCGCGGCCAAGCAGCAGGUGCUCGUGUUCAGCAUGGGACGAUUAACAGUCAGCUCAAGCUCUGUAAUGAAACAUAUAUGGGAUAACGUUCGCCAUGACGGCCCUACGUUUAUAAAGAAGCCAACUACAGAGGAGGCCAUGGAGUCGUUCCCCUGGAAGUUGCGGCUGGCCGACGUGAGCUGCUACACGCUGGAGACCCGGCAGUACACGGACGCCGGCCGCGUGCAGGGCGGCGUGCUGCGCUCCACGCUCAAGUCGUCUCCCAUCACCACCCGGCUCAUACUCGAGGGCGUCACUACCACCGUCACUCUCUCCAUCGUCACCAAGCAUUUGCGGAUACGCUCGUGGAAGGUGUCGCCGGACCAGCAGAGGACUGCAGAGCGGGCAGAGCCCACCUCGGACGAAUUGAAAGUAAAAUACUUUAAGUCGGGAAUUGAUUUCAAACCAUCAACAUUGAAGGAGUUCGUUCGGGGUCCAUCCAGACUUCAAAGAAGUGAGAGUCCUGAGGCGAAGAGCUCUAACCCCCGAGACCGCGAUCCUCAGGAGAACACCACGCAAGGGCCGGUGGUGAGCAUGGGCGUCAACUUGCACGCCGACACACCGCCCGUCACCGUUCGACUCGAGCACGACCAGGUGAACAUCAUCACAGCGGCAGUGCAUUGCCUGAAACACCUUCACAUGGUGACGUCCCGCGCGCCGGUGGCCCCGAUUCGGUCUUACACCUCGUUUCCUGGCUCCCACGAUCCAAGAUCAGGAAUAAGAUCAGUGUCUGAAAUGAACGAGCAGGACAACCCGUCUGAUGAGAAUCUGAGUGAAAGCUAUUCCGAACUAAUCCCCAUAUUUGAGUCUAAAGCAGUUCCCGAAGUGAAGUUGAAAACCUUCUUCUGGUUCCAAUGGGUCGUGGGGCGCGCGACGCUGGUCGUGUCCACGUUCCAAUCCAAGCUGGCCGUGGAAGUUGACGACAUCAUAUCUACAGUGGACAUUCAGCAACAUUACAAUCAGCUCAAAGUGAAAGUCGCCUCGGCAUCAGUGAGACAUCACAAACGGAGCCAGGACGACUGGGAAGCCGGCGUGCUGGGGGGGCGCGUGCUGGAGGCUCGCGAGCCCAUCGACUCCAAGGAGGAGGACCACUUCCUCGCUGUCACUAUCACGCAGGCGCAAAUAUCCAAUUUACCUGAGAGUUGGAAAGACGAGCUACAUCCGAAGCUGUUGCAACAAAAAGGAGUUGGAGACAGCAUGUGGGAGAUAUACGCGACCCUCGCGCCCUUAGAAGUGGUGCUGCAGCCGUCGCUCAUUGAGAACAUUCUGUCUUUAGUCCGCGAGAUGGCGCCACCGUCUUUUUGCCCUCUGCAAUCCGAAAACGAACCAAGUAACGGCAGCUCUUGGCAGUGGCCGUUCUGUUACGUCACCGCGGGCGGACUGCGGCUGCUGGUCAACACGGGGCUACACGACCCGGACAACGACGACACAUUUCUCUUGCUGGUUGGCAAAGUAUCUAUCAAUCCCCAUCCUGAAAAUCCAAUUUGUCGACAAUCCGUCACCACUGGAUUGGACGGGUCAUGGAACUCGAACGGCGUCAGCCCGGAAGGCCGGCAGUACGAGAUCUACGUCAAACACGUGGCCAUACAGUCCGCGCAGCUCCAGCAGAUAAUCAAACAAGAGGAGAGAAGAGAAAGCUAUGGUAAAGGGGCUGGUAGCGAGAACCCGGCUGUGAAAUGGUCUCAACCGCCAGUGUCGCCUGUCGUGACGGCUAUUCUCCAUCAUAUGGACAUCAGCUGCAUUCUGGCGCCGCCGCUGUUCGUGAAUGGCGCGCUGACGUGCGGGCCGGCGGUGGAGCUCAACCUGGCUUCCGACUGCGCCUUCGAGAUCAGCCUGGAGCAGCUGAAGCUCAUGCAGCACUUGCUCUCUGAGGCCAGUUAUUCCAACAGCUCUAGUGAGGACUCUAUUCCACCAGUGGUUUCACAAAUGGUCGUGUGCCCGUACGCGUCUUUAUUUUUGAACCCGAAGCUAACGUCUGAGAGUACGGUGCAAGAUAGUAACCCAGCGCCCGUUAAAGCAGCGAGUGAAAGGAUAUCGGUCGACGAGUCGAGCAACAUGGGUAAAACCGACCGAGGCUUCACAACGGACUCUGGUAUAGACGUGGCCACAUCGAUGUCAAGAAUGAGGCUUGAAAGACCCGCUUCUAAGAAAAACCUGAGCGUCGCCUUUGUCGAGGAAAACGUUGAUGUGUCAGAAUAUUUGGAAAUAUUUGUGACAAUGGGCGUGAUCGAAAUAUCGCUUUAUAUGGAAGAUGACAAUAGUCCCACAGUAAAUGCUUUGAAGCCGCCUCCUAAAACCGAGCAAACCACGGAAGAGGACUCGGCCGGUUCAGACAACGACGCCGACCAACUUGGGGCAACUUCGGCAUCUGAACUAAAGUCGACCGCUAGCCAAAUGAGUAUUACCCAAGGGGUUAGGCUUAUGGACACAAAACUUGAAUUGCACGCUCAGCAGGCGUUGCAACUGCCUCGUGCGCGACUGGUCUCGGGCAAGUUGGCGUUACUGCACAUUACUCUACACCAGCCCAAUUUGUACUACUGGAGGAAGAAAACACGGAAAAAUCUUCAGGUGUCACUGUUUAACGCGUGGAUUGGGCUGGGAACAGGCGCGAAGGAAGACAGUCAGCCGUUAUUCUCCACGGCGAAAGGGACGCCGGACCCCGUGACCGACAUACCGCCUGCACUCGCCACUGUCAAAAUUGUCAUACCGACUGGUGGCAGUGGGCCUAGUAAUUUCAGCGGCGCUAAAGGAUCUGCCACCGUAGACGUGGAGCGACCGGUGCUUCUAGGAGUUUCCGCGGACACUCUGCGCCGUCUAACACUUAUCGGCAAACUGAUGCAAGAACAUGUACAGAAGAAUACUGCGAGAGGAAAAAUUACCUUGAGUGACAUUGAACAUAUACAUCAUCAUCAAACACCUCCGUUCCUUAAAUUGCGUAAAUUCAUGAUUAGCCACACUUUGGAGAAUAUCGUUAUCCGAACGAGUCAGAUCGGGCUGACGGGCAGUGAAGGCACGAUAGGGUGGGAUAGUGCGUCGCUUCAAAUAGGUGCCGCGGUGCGGCCGGAGCGGUUGGUCGCCCGGGCACUAAUAUCAGCGCUGCUGGUGGCCGCCGGCCCGCUAGACGACCAGCGCCAUGUACUCCUUCAGCCGAUGAUGCUUGGUAUGGAAUUGGAGUGCAGCUGGGAAGCGUGGCGAAGGGCUGAGGACGGCGUGUCGGCGCGCGAGCCCUCGGUGCGCGUGUCCGUAGACCUGGACCGCGUCACGAUGGACGUGCGGCCUGAAGACCUGGACGCUCUCCGCAGGAUACAAAAUGCAAUGGACACUUUAGCUCAGCUUAACACUGCGGUGCCGGUCGAUGAGGAAGAAAAGGAUUUCCUUGCGCCGCCGGAGGAUAGCAGCAUUAAUUUCCCGUAUUACAGAAAGCGGAGCUUGUCUGACCGUGUCUUACCUACUUUGGACUCUGUCGAGGCUUCCGACCAGUAUUACAAGGACGACCUCAAAAGCGGAGCUUUUAAAAUAGUGACUGGAGGCCAGUUCCCGAUGGCUUACCAGGUGACGCUUCACGGUGACGCGAUGUCCUGGCGCUACCCGCACCCGCGGACCGUCACCAGGAUCACGGUGUUUCCUAUACCCGGCGUGGACGAAGAAGUGAAGUGCAAGUUGGAAUACUUCGAUCCUUUAUUGAAAAUAUGGGAGCCGCACACGUAUGUUACCCUGCCUGUAUCAGAACCCAACGAAAUAAAAUUAUACGUUGAACCACCAGAUGCAGUCUUUGCGACAUUAUGGAGAUUUCGCGCGGAUUAUUACACCAAGCCUGAAGAACGUACCUUCGAGUUCGACAUCAACAAGUUUGUGCCGAAAACCGAUCCACUGGCGACGGGUCGCGACGAGCAGCCAACAGAAGCGGCAGCGGGUAUCGUCAGCGCGGAGCAGCUGUCGAGCGCGCUGCGAGUGGAUUCCUACUUCUCACCUCGCUCCGUGCCAAGAGUGCGCGCUGCGCUGCGAUGCACGCAACUCGAGAUUCAUGUGCACAACGCACUACCCACUCUUUCCAGAAAGGUUCUUUCUCUAGAGGGCUACUACGUGUCGCGGCCGCUGAUGCGCAGCCACCGCGUACUCUGCGUGAGCGCGGCGGACACCGUCGCGCAAGCGCUGCUUGGCUCGCGUGCUGGCGGCGUGGUGCUUCUUGACACUAAGCUCUCAUGCGACGUCCUAGACUGUUCAAUGGGCACGCUCGAGCAGAUGGUGAGCCCGACGCGCGUGCAAGCGAGCGCCUCCGUGCCGAACGACGUCGCGGUGUCGCAGGCGAAAGUGCGCGCGUACACGGAGUGCGUGCGCGUCGCAUUGCACGUGCCGCGCCUGAGCACGCUGCGCGCGCUCGCUGAGGACUGGGGACCGGCUUUAGAACAGUGCAAUAGGGACGUAUCCACAGAGAAUAAAGGGAAAGAUCUGAAAAGUUGUAAUGAUUCGGAUGAGGACACGGCUGCGAUGGCAAAGCUGGAGGGGCGCGUGUCCCUGUGGCUUCAUAACAGCUGUUCCAGCGCGCUGCGCGUCGGGCAGGAGGGUUGCGAGGAGAUCGUGCCGCUGGGGCCAGGCGCGAGACUCGCUUAUAGAUGGCCGUCUCCAAAUGCAUCUUUCAAAAUUCGAUUUGCCAUAGCGGGGCCGGCUACAGACGGGCAGUGGUCCUCUGGUGUACCAUUCUCACUGGGUGAGAGCCGCGUGCGGCUGCCAAGCGCAGACGCAUGGCCAAGUGGAGUAUACCUGCACGUGCGCGGCGACAUGGAGGGCUCGCGACGCACACUGUCUCUCUCCGGCCGCCUGGUGCUAGCCAACGUUCUGCGACGACCGCUGCACUAUAAGGUGCGAGCGAAGAACACAGGUUCGAAAGCAUGGCGUGCAAUUUGUUCGGGAGAGUUGACCGCCGAGACCGUGGGCCGGAGCGUCCUGUGCGGUGUUGACUGUGAAAUGGUGCUAAAAAUAAAAUUUACGACGCAGGAUACCGGUUGGUCAGGCGACAUACCGCUUAAGGAAUGUCCCAAAGAAAACGUACCGUGGUUAGUUAAAGUUCCUAGUGAAGGUGAGACGGCGUACGUGUCUGUGUGGUGCCGCGUGGUGCGCGCGCGCUCCGACGGCCGCGUGCUGGCCGCCAUCUGGCCGCUCUACGUGCUCUGCUCGCACCUGCCGCUCGACACUGACGUGUUGGUGUCAACGCAGAAGGACGGCUCCGAGCCGAGUGGCCGGCCGUCGCCGCUGGUACAGACGGCGCGGGGCCGCGGCGCCUGCACACAUUUACUGGCGCCCGGCACCACCUCUGCGCGCCAUCAGCUCUCCUUCCAAUACAAAGACGUGAACCACCCCGUCACUCGCGACGCGAUUCCUCUGCACUACGGCGUGACCGACACCUCCGUGUUCGACAAACGGGCGCCGGCGAACAACAUCAACGAAAUCAUGCAAGAAAUUCGCGAAUGGUUUGAGAAGUCGGCGCGACAUUCGGAAUCCGAAUGGCCUUAUUCUAUAGUGGCUUCCCAUUGGCCGGGGACCUGGAGCCCCUCGUCUUUGCAGCCACGAUGCGAUGUCACGGUGCGGUACGAUCCAGUGCGCGCGGGAGGUGGUUGCUCCCUGCAGAUCACACUGCGGCCGGUGGCGUUGCUGUGCAACGCAGCGCGCGUGGCGGUCACGCUGCGUGCUCACGACGCCGCGCCGCUCUGCCGGCUGGAGCCCGGGGCCGCGGUCUCAGCACCGAGCGCACUCCUGCAGCAACCAUUCUUCAUGUCGCUGGAGGCGGGGAAGGAGACGUUCGUGAGCGGGCAGCUGCAGGUGUGGGGCGAGGACCCGGGCCGCUACGGCUCGCCGCCGCGCGGCUGCGUCGCGCUCGACCACCCCGCGCCGUUCCUUAUACACUGCAAGCACAAGGUGGCGCUCCUGACAUUGCACUACGAAAUAAAAGAAGAGAUAAAUGUUUUGGGAGUAACUUCGACGUUCCUACUUAUUAACAGAUUGGGAACAAGUAUAUUGGUUUCAGGUAUAGCCGUGCCUGCUAAACAAUUGGAAGAAAUUAAUUUGCAUCCCAAAAGUUACAAAGUCGUCCAUCCAACCAAAGAAGAAAGUCUCGACGGAGAAGCGCUAACUCGUUUCUGGGUGCUUGAGCGGUGGCGCGGCGGCGACCCGAGCGAGCUGCGCCUGUACCUGUGCCUGGCGCUGCCGGCACUCGGCGCGGAGGAGGCGCUGCCCGCGCACGAACAAGUCCCCGUGCUGCUGGCCACCGCGCCCGUGCGCCGCGCCGUCGCGCUGAGGGAUCACACGGGCCGAUCGAUACCAGUAGUGAUAGUUCAGCAGAAACACGAAGGGCGGUGGGUGGUGACGGUGGCGCCGGACCCGUGCCCGCAGUUCGUGGUGCACAACCGCUCCAGCCACGCGCUGCUCAUAGCGCAGCCCGACACGACCGGCCCCGCGAAGACGAUACCUGAAUGUAAGGGCGCGCGGUGGCAAUGCGCCGUGGAGGCGGGAGGCGUGGUGCACUACUCGACGCCGGCGCACAGCGCGCGGUUCCCGCCGGCUAGCAACGCCGUUCCCAACACCGACCAGAUUCCCUUCCUUACUAUCAGCAAGUUUAAAGAGGCUAUACACCCGGAGUGGAGCGAGGGCGUGGCGGCGGCUGGCGGAGAGCAGCUGGUGCAGCUGCCCGGCGGAGACACCGUCAAGCUGCGCGUGCGGCCCCACCCGCACUCCUCGCUGCUCGAGCUCAAGGACGUCGACGAGAACGAUAUAUCAGCAAGCGUAAUAAGACGUCGGCUGGAGGGAUCUUUCGGUGCCGAUACAGAUGCGGAAAAUCAGGGUAAUAUACGCGGAUCUGUAACCUCUGCUCACUUGACUACCUCCACCGAAACUAAGCUUACAAGAUCACCUGUAAUAACCAUGACCGUUCUAUCCUCAACUGAGACCUCAGCCGUUAAACUGGAAGCUUUGGAAAGCAAUAGUACUAAUGUGGAAAGUAAUAAAGAAAAAUCUGUCUGCGAAACGAAAGAACUGAAGUGGCAGAAACAGGACCAGUUAGCUAGUAAAUUAGAUAAAGGAGAUGAAACAACAAAAUUAUUGGAUGUAGAAAAGGGGGAUACAGGAGAUAUGCUGAAAACGGAGUCGUACAUCAGUGAGCAGAGUAUGUUGACGCUUGCUAACGUAAGAUCUUACCAGGAGUCCGCCGCUGCUCUGCAAGGAAUCUCCGGUCCGGGAUGGGUUAACAAAGGAUGGUCGCAGGUGGAGCGCGUGCGUUGUGUGAUCUCCGGCGUGGCUAUCGAAAUGGCCGCCACGCCCGACGUCAGCCCGCUGCUCGCCUUGCAUAUCGACCGAGCAGCUUUCUCCUUGCAGUGUGACAGCACGGGUACAAAAGCGGUUGUUUCCAUCGCCGACAUCCAAGUGGAUAACCUCCAGUACGAGAGCGGGAACUAUGACUUCGCAGUGGUGGCGUCGACGCGAGGCGAGCAGGCGACGUGCGACCCGUGGCCGACGCUGUGGCCCAGCGCGACUGGCGAGGCGUUCGCUAUGAGGGAGAACGAUGCGCGCCUCCUGCUUCGCUUGCGUUACGACUCGUGGACGGUCCUCGAUGACGCUUUCAAAGAACUGACGGAGGUGGAGGUCCGGCUGGGUCCGCUGGCGCUGUACGUGGAGGACGGGUACGUGGGCGCGCUGGCGCGGCUGGCGCGCUCGGCCCGGCCGGCGGGGCCCGCGCCCGCGCCCGGCGCCGUCGUCGCGGCCGAGACGCGCUCGCUGCAGUGCCCGCUGCGGCUGCGCUCGCUGCACCUGCACCCGGUGGACCUCACGCUCACGCUGCAUACUGCCGUGCGCAUGUACAUCGCGCUGGACCAGAGCCCGCUGUGCCUGAGCGCGUUCCAGCAGACGGACAUGGUGACGUGCGCCGAGCGGCUCACGCACGCGCUCACCGUGCACUACCUCUCCGCCGCCAUACUGGGCGCAGGUUGGGUGGUGGGCGGCUUGGAGCUGCUGGGUGCACCAGGCGCGUUAGCCGCGCGUGUCGGCGGCGCGCGGGGCGGCGUGCGCGGUGUGGCGGCGGCGGCGGCGGCCGCGCUGCUGCGCUCGCUGAGCGCCUGCGCCGGCUCGCUGGCGCGCAACCUCGACCUGCUGGCCGGCGACGACGACCAUGCGCGCCGCGCUGCUGCCGCGCGACGGCGACACCCUGACACCUUCGUGCAGGGGCUCGCCGCCGGCAUCACUAACUUCGCGAUCAACAUUCUUGGCGCAGUAGGCGGUCUGGCGCACCACCCGCUGGUGAGCGUGGCGGUGGGCGAGGUGGAGGGCAGCGCGGCGGCGCUGCGGCGCGGGCUGCUGGGCGCGCUCACCAAGCCGCUGUCCGCCACCGCUGACCUCGUCGCCUUCGCCGGACACGGCCUGCUGAGGCAGACUGGCUGGGACCCCGUGCCGCAGCGGCGCUCCCUGGGCUUGGGGCCGGAGGGCGGCGGCGACGGCGGCGGCUGGCGGCGCGACUGCGUGCGCUGGUCGUUCCGGCUGGCCGAGGUGGACGCGCUCGCCGGCUUCGACGUGCUGCUCAACGACGCGCCGCUGCGGCUGCUGCUCACGCACAAGUACCUCAUGAUUACUGACCCAGAAACAGAGCGAAUAGUUGAAAUGGUCGAUCUUCGAUUCUGCACGCUAGGACCGCUCCAAGGACCUAUCAUCGAAUUAGUGGUAACGAGACGGCAAAAAGAGAAGGUACCCGAAUCUAGAACUGAGGAUGAAGAAGAAGACGAAUAUCAGAUAAACAGCGCAGCGAUGGCGCGCGUGGCGCGGUACACGGGCGCGGACGGGGGCGUGGCGCCGGCGCCGAGCGCGGCGCGCGUGCUGUCGCUGGAGGCGCCCGCGCGGGACACGUCCGCGCUGCGCGCCGCGCUCGCCGCCGCGCUGCACGCCGUCUCCGACGACCAUCUGCACCUGCUCUAGUGUGCCGGACCACAGCUACGUGACACCUUCUUAUAAGGAAAUGCAAUCUCGAUAGGCGAUUCGACAUCUCGCGCAAAAAGACUGAACCGAGAUCGAGAUACUUUAAAGUAAUUACAUAACGCUCUUAUCGGCAGCUAGUUUCAUACUAAAACAUUAGUCUUGCUCAAUAUUAGACGAAAUAAUGUAAUUCACAAAUAAUUGGGAGUGGGAAUUUUCCAGAGAGUAAAUGAACUAACGUUAACGGGUCGCCACUGAAAAUUCUUGACAAACGUGGCAUUGAAUAAGAAUUACAAUAGCAAAAAUAAUAAAUAGGAUUUUAUAAAUUGUCAUUUCCUACCAACGAGGAAUCUCAUAAAAUUGCUAGUGAUCUUGCGAGAUCGAGAUUGCAUUCUCUACUUCCUACAUAAUUAUGCGCGUAGUUAAACGUUAGUCAGGUAAGUCGCCAUUACACUUUGUACUUUACAAAAAAUAGGCAUUGGUAUUGACCCUGCCCGAUAACAAUAUUGUCCCUGUCAACCAAUAACAUUUUACAAUAAUCAGCGUAACUAACAUACGAUGUUUGAGAUAACUGUUUGUGUAACGACUUCCAUGGCGCAUCGCAAAACUUUAUUAUUUACAAGUGUAAUGGUGCACUUAAAUGUGGUAGAUAAUGAACGAAGUGAAAAUUUGAGGAUUUGUAAAUUGUGAAGGGUAUCCCUUAACAUAUUAUUUAUAGUCAACUUUUAUUUACUGGGCUUUCGCCCAGUGGUGAUAUUGUCUAGUUGAACUCGCAAAAGGCUCGGAAAACUCAUAACACAAAUGUAAUGCAUGUUCCGGCCUAAACGUGAAUGUAUUAUUUUCAUGUACAUAAGUUUUUUUAUCUUCGUUUUUAUAUCAAAUUAAAUUUUAAAAAGAAAUGAGAAGUUGAUCUACUGCCAGCUGUGUUAAUAUGAAGUGAGGUGAUCACAAUGCUUGGUAAAGUCGGUUACACCAAACCGUCUGUCACCGAAUUUAGCGUUCGCAAAAUUGUUGUUAUGGGAAUUUUGAUAUAUUUUUGCUGCGUGAUGUUGAUGUAUUUGUUAACUGUGAUUGAUUCAAUUGGCCCUUGGUCUCUUUUAUCGAGCACGAACACUAAGAACUUUUUGGCACAUAUCUGAAAUAAAUGUUAUAUAUGAAGUAUUCCACCUAUUUCUUAAAUUGAUAUUAUUUAUGUAUACACCUUACAGUAAAACAUUCCUUUAAGUAAAUAAACUAGUUGGUAGAUCCUAUGUACAACAUUGCGUUAAUUUACGUCAUCCCAUCUAUGAUGACAUUAAACAACAAUUAGCAUUUAAUAUUUUUGCGUGACAUUCCCAAAUAUAUUUAUAGGUAUUAACUUAAAUCAUCAAGAACGUAACAUACACAAUAAUAUAUAUAUAAAUUAAAUUAUAUUAGUUCCAUAUGUAUUUAAUGGAUUGUCACAUUGUUAUUUUAAUUUACACCUUGUUAAGAAAACACACGUACGAUUAUAAACUGAAGGUUUUACCUUACGAGUACGUACAGUGAUUAUAAAAUGCAGGUACUGUCGGUACCGAUAGAUUUAUGUAAAUUUUGUACGUAUUUAAGAAGUCAAGGCGGAACGCUAUCGAGCCGGUUAGUAAUUAUGAGGAGAUUUAAUCUUUGCUCUAGGAUUUGUCACAAAGGAAUUUACUAAUUUUUAUUAUAACGAAAAUGCAAUUAACAGGAUGUGCUACCAUAUUAUGGGUUUAGGUGCCAAAUGGGAGUAUUGUAAACGGCCAAACAUUAAGUAGUUGACCCUAUAUGCUGAAUACCUAAGAUUAAUGUAGUCUUACUUACAGACAAACCCCCAUCCUAAAGUUUGAUAACUAAAUUAAAAUAUAUUUAUAAGUAUCACCUCAGUUUGGAGUGACAGCUCUCAGCAAAUUGGCUAUACAUUUUGAGGCCUAUGCAUAAGACAUAGAGAGAGAUAGCGAUAUAUUACUAUUAUUACUGUAUAUUAGAAACUAGCUACUAUAAUCUAUUUUAAAAAUACCUACAGACUGACGGCAUUUGUAUAUAUGUAUAAUGGUAUGUAUUUAAUUAGUACGAGUACGGUGUGAGAGGUGAAUAUAAAAUUAAUUGUGAUUAUUUAGGUACAGUCGCAUAAAGCGACAACGGUAAAGAGACACAUGUC